AUGUCCAAGCCUACUUCAGCCGCACGCCCCAAACGCGCCGGCGAAGAUUUCAACCGCACCCAUGACAACUCGAACAAAAAGCCCCGCUUCGACCACCGAAACCCCAGCACGCUCGCCGCAGACGCCCGCGACGAAGAAGAAGACCUCAUCCUGAACGCAGACGUGAUAGGAAAAUCCGGCGCACAACCGAAACGCAAUGCCGUGAACAUCGAUGGCUACGAAUCGGAUUCAGACAACGACAAUUUCAACGCGCGAGCGGCGGAGAGGGAGAAGCGGGGGAAGAAGAGCGUAGACGAGGAGGAUGACGAUAUGUUCGCCGAUCUUGCUGAGGAAAAGGACGGGGACGAGGACGAGGAGGUGGGGAGGGAGGGGAAGAGCAAGAAGAAGGAUGUCAAGUUUUUGGAUCCGGAGGAGAUUGAAGGGCAGGUGAUGAAUAGUACAUCUGGGGGGAGGGUUUCUUCGGAUAUUCUGCUUGGAGGGAAGGGGAAGGAGAAAUAUAAAGGGGAAGAGGAUUCGGAGUCCUCGGGGGAUGAGGAGGAGAGGGAUCGAUUGGAUGAGGAGAUGGAAGAUGAUCUUGCGGCGGAGAUCGGUGCUGGUGGGAAGAAGAAGCACGCGCCAAGGUUGGAUGCUUUCAAUUUGAAGGCGGAAGAGGAGGAAGGGCGGUACGAUGAAUCGGGGAAUUAUGUUCGCAAAGCUGCGGAUCCGGACGCGGUGAAUGAUAAUUGGAUGGAUGGGUUGACGAAGAAGGAUAUGAAGCGGGCCCGGGAAGCGCAGGAGAGGAGGGAGGAUGAGCGGAGAAAGAAGGCUCUUGAGGAUGAUGCGGUUUUGACGAGUGAUUUGCUGUCCACAUUGAUCGGGGCGUUGGAGACGGGGGAGACGCCUUUGGAGGCGUUGCAGAGGUUGAACAAGGGGAAGACUAAGGAGGCCAAGGUACCGAAGUGGAAGUUGAAGAGACAGAGAGGUGGGAUGGAUGUCGAUGAGGCUGCUGCGACGAAUGGCCAUACCUCCGUGGACCCCGCGGAAGAAGCUCGAAGGAAAACCGUCGACGCCAUCACAGGCGCCGCAGACGGGCUCUACGCUCGCGGCCAGCACGAGAUCUACGACGCGGAGCGAGAAGUGCUCAUGCGGCAGUACAGGCGGGAGACGGGCGAGGACUGGCAGCCCCCUCGAACAGCCGAACCCGCUACGUGGGAAUACCGCUGGAGCGACGCGCGAGAUGGCGGAGAUAUCCACGGCCCUUACGAUGCGGCUACGAUGAAGGCUUGGAGCGAUGCUGGGUAUUUUGGGGAGGGGGUUGAGUUUCGACGGGGAGGCGAAGGGGGAGGUGAGUGGAGUCGGUUGUUGGAUUUGGAUGAGUAG